CCAGAUCCUGUCACCAUGGAAAUUCCCCCCAAAAGCCCUGAUGGGAGCCAGAAGUCUCCUCAGUCCAAGGAGCUGCUGACCAGUAACACAGCCAGCACCCUCUGCAUCAGCUCUCGGAGCGAGUCCGUCUGGACCAGCACAUCCAGAAGCAAGUGGGACAUAUACCACAAGCCGAUCAUUGUCAUGUCUGUUGGAGCAGCCAUCUUCCUCUUUGGGAUGGUCAUCACCAGCCUGACUUGCAUCCAAAGCAAAAACAAAAAAAUCUACAAAAUGUGUGGCCCGGCUUUCCUGUCCCUGGGACUGAUGCUCCUUGUCUGUGGCCUUGUCUGGAUCCCCAUUAUCCGGAAGAAGCAGAAGCACAGACAAAAGUCAAAGUGUCUGCAGACCCUCAGGUCCUUCUUCUUUAACUGCUGAGGGCAGCCCAGGAAGGCUCCCCUUCCCUCUACACACCUCUGUUAGUCAGCUGUAAUGAGAAACACGUCCCUGUACUCUCCUAGAGGAUUUCAUCCAAGUGAGUCUCUUCCCUACAGGUGAAACGCACUGUUUCAGUUUCCAGUUUGUAUUUCAUCCAAGUAAUCCCAGAGAAAAAGAGAUCAGGAUUUUGCAGCUGAGCCCCUCACGGCAGGUUCCAAGCUCUCUGCAUCACCCUCCUGUCCAAUGAGCAACCUAACAUCACAUAUUGGGAAAAGAAAAGCUCCUUCGUAAUCUGCCUUCACCCAGUAGCUUCUGCAAGAUGCAUCAGCAGAGGGGAACCAACCGACUACAGAGUGUGAUAAAGCCUGGUGUGAACGUUGCUGGCUGCAAACUGCAGCCCAGUUGUGGGAACUGGGAGGCCAGAGAUGGUUCAUCCAGGGUCAGCAGA